AUGGAAGCGGCGAUUGAAAGUCGUUUAACUGCGCUUGAAGAACGACUUGGGCUUCCGCCUUAUGACGGCUCUAAGCCAGACACUGUGCUUGAUGUAUUUUCUUUGAAAAAGAAAAUUAAUGAAUUAGGCUAUGGUUUUAUUUUCAAAAUUCAGCCCGACGUUUUGAAGAAAUGCUGUAAUAUUGGCGAAGAACCGCAGUACGCUACGUUUGGCCAAAAACGUGCUGGAAUAGAAUUUGGUUAUGACUUGAUGAUGGAGCGAAUCAGGCUUCUAGAGCAGUUCCAAAAAAAUGCAGAAGUGAGGCCCUUUGUUAAACACUCGGAAGAUAUUCAUAAACUGAAGCAGAAUUUCUGUGAAUUAGUUGAAGAAUUAAAAAUGCAGCUAAAGGAAUUUGAAGAACUUGUAAAGAAGGCAGAGCAAGACAAGGUGGCCAAGGAAGCCAGUUAG